AUGGCAUUAGGUGCAUUAAAUGCAUUAGCAAUGAAAGUUGUUGACAUGACGGUUGAAGGUAUAGUUGAAGAUUCAAUAUCUGACCGCUUUGCCGAUGUGGUUCACGAACCAACAUCAAAAGAGAUUGCAACAUCCAAUAAUAUCGCAAAAGCUCGUUCAAUAGCAUUGUAUAUUCAUGCAAUGGAAGAGUAUUGUGGUGGUGAUCGUCCAUAUAUUCAUCCCAAUCCAUUGGAAGCAUUACACAAUGCAGUACGACGACAGUCGUUAGUGGAAUUUCGUCGAGCAGUAAAGUUGGGCGAUGACCAAGUAUCGCAAUCAUAUCAAGAAGUUUUAGAUGGUGAAAUGUCAGAAUUAUUUUCAAAUUAUAAAAAACAUAAUGAAACAUAA